GUGUAUGGGUUGUCAUGGCUGGUUAUGCUGACGGUUCUAAUAGUAUUGAAGAUGGUUUCCAUAGGACGGCAGAAAUUUGGGACAGAUCUUCAGCUUAUGUUCCGCAUCAUCAAGGGCAUUCUCUUUCUUGGCUUUGUCACUGUGAUGGCGGUCCUAUUUGCUAUAGGCGGCCUAACAAUUACUGAUGUAUUGGCUUGUACUCUCGGGUUCCUACCAACUGGUUGGUGUAUUCUUCUGAUUGGGCAAGCAUGCGCUCCAAUGAUCGAGAGGACUAUACUGUGGGACUCCAUCCAGGAGCUAGGGAGGGCAUAUGACAACAUCAUGGGUCUCAUCCUCUUCCUUCCCAUCGGCUUCUUGUCGUGGUUUCCCUUUGUCUCAGAGUUCCAGACACGGUUGCUCUUCAACCAGGCCUUCAGCCGGGGCCUCCAGAUCUCAAGGAUCCUUGCCGGAAAGAAGGACAUUGGGGAGUUCGAAUGAAUGACCAGUUCAUCUUUCAUUUCCCUCCCUAGCUAGUUUCUCUGAGAUGUCAUUGACCUUUAAAGAACGUAUGGAUAGUAGGCCAUGGUAUAUAUUGACCUCGCUCCCAUUUAUAUUUUGCCAAGAAAAUUUUACGGUGCAUUAUAAUACACCAGAUCAUGUGUAUUAUAUGGGCGAUCUAACGGAUGAGAA